CUGAAAUCGCACCAUCCAGUCACGGGACAUGUUCUAAGCGUUACGCUGCGAUUAUUUUGCAUUGUGUUCACACUGUCGUGUAUACACGAGGGCAGUCACGCGGGGCAAGCGUUACGUCAGACAGCGUUGAGACACGUGACCUGCCACUGCCUUUGUCAGUCGCUGUAAAUACAGAUGUGUAUAGGUUCCUGGUGUAAAUAAACAGCGACAGUGUGUGAUACUGGAUGGUCGCAUCACAAUCACGAUGCCCAAAACAGAAUCUGACGUCCCCAGUGUCCAGUGUCCAGCUUGUGGGGCCAGACAUGUCCCAGUAUCUGGACAGCUGAAUAAUGGUGUAUAUGCUGGUACCUGCUUAAACUGUGGCUUUUCCUUUAAGUUUCGAGCCCAUUUGCCCACUAGCAGCACUGUGACACUCAUCAUCAAUGGAGUACAAAAUACAGUGGGAAAUGAAUACGACCCAGCCACCUCCCUCAAUGAGUAUCUCAGGUCAACAGGUAUAUCUCGUGGUACAAAACAGAUGUGCAUUGAGGGAGGCUGUGGUGUCUGUCUGGUCACUGUGUCAUUUUAUGAACCUGGCAGUACCAGUAAGCAAGUUUAUACAGUCAACUCAUGCCUGGUGCAACUGUACAUGUGUGAUGGAUGGGAAGUAACCACCAUCGAAGGCCUUGGCAAUCCUCAGACAGGACUGCACCCCAUACAACAGCGUCUUGCAGAGUACAAUGGAGUACAGUGUGGCUUCUGUAGCCCUUCCCAGGUUAUGAACAUGUAUGGCCUUCUUCAGAAGAACCCCACUCCCACAAUGCAAGAAGUGGAAGAUGAAUAUGAUGUUACAAUUUGCCGCUGCACAGGAUACAGACCAAUCCUAGAUGCCAUGAAAUCUUUUGCAUCAGAUGCACCUCCAUCUCUGCCCGGUGGCAUGAUUGAUAUAGAGGAUUUGAAUCCUAACAAAAUAUGUAAGACGACAGGCCAGAAAUGCACUGGCCGUUGUGAUUCAAAGGGAAAUCAAAAAAUGAAGUGUGCAAGCAGUGUUGCAUCAGGAGUAAAGCCACUUCACAUUGUGGGUCAGACAGCUCAGUGGUUUAAACCUACAGCACUGGUGGAUCUUUACUCGCUUCUUAGCCAGUACCGUUCAGCAAACUACCGCCUAGUGUUUGGCAACUCUGGGUUUGGUGUGUAUAAAGAAAUUGGACCAUGGAUGUAUGAUGUCCUGAUUGAUAUUCGGGGCAUACAGGACCUAUAUCGCAUGAGUUCCUCUCCCAUCAUUCUGGGAGGAAAUCUGAGUCUCCGAAAGCUGCAGAACUUUUUUGAAGGAGGUGACCAAGUUUCUUCCAACUCGUAUUUUCCUGUCUUUGCAAACCACCUGAAGAAAGUGGCCACAACUACUGUUAAAAAUCUGGCCUGUUGGGCAGGCAACUUGAUGCUGAAACACAAACAUCCUGAAUUUGUGUCAGAUGUCUUUACCUUGCUGGAGACUGUCGGUGCCAGGCUUCAGAUUGGUGAUGGAAAUGGGAGUAGCAGUCAGUACAACUUAAGUGACUUCCUCAACCUUAACAUGAAUGGCAAGGUCAUUGAGGCAGCUUACCUUCCUUCCUACACAGAUGACAAUAACUACAUCAGAACCUAUCGCACCUCACAACGUCUGCAGAACAGUCAUGGGUAUGUCACAGCUGGUUUUAACCUGAAAUUGGACAGAAGCAAGAAUUAUACAGUUUUAGAGAAACCAUCACUCAUUUUCCAGGGAAUCAAUGCCUCACUGAAUCAUGCUGAGAUCACCGAAGGAUUUCUCUUUGGAAAACAGCUUGGUGACCCUCAGGUUCUCAAAGAUGUCUUUACUUCACUGAGCAAAGAGCUUGUACCAUCUUCUGACCCAAUACUUGCUUCUCCAAAUUAUCGCAAGAACCUGGCACUAGCUUUCUUUUACAGGUAUGUCCUUGAUGUGUGUGGAGACCAAGUCAUGGAGAGAUUUAAGAGUGGUAGCACGCCUUUAUUGCGACCUGUUUCAUCAGCAACUCAGACAUUUGAUACACGCAAAGAGGAGUGGCCUUUAGAUGAACCCAUGCCGGCAAUUGAUGCCACUUACAAGGUAUCAGGGAUGACUCGAUACUUAGAUGACAUCCCAUUGGAGCAAGGAGAGCUAUUUGCAGCAUUUGUUUUGAGCACCCAAGGGAAUGCUCGAGUUUCCUCUAUGGAUCCAUCUGAUGCUCUAGCUAUGUCUGGUGUUUACAAGUUCAUUCAAGCUUCUGACAUCCCAGUAGGUGGGAAGAACAAUUUUGCUGUGUAUGCAGGAACACCAGAAGAGAUUUUGUGCAGUGGUCAGGUGAUGUAUGCUGGACAACCUCUUGCUAUCAUUGUGGCAGAUGACCCUCUAACAGCAACUACAGCAGCUUCAAUGGUCAAAGUAACAUACACAGAUGUACAGCUACCUCUGAUUGACAUUUAUGCUGCAAUACAGAAAAAGUCAUUUUUUCCAAAUGGUCCUUCUCCUUUGGUAGUUGGUGAUCCAGACAUGGCUAUUGCUCAGUCUGCACGGCGUGUGGUGGGGUCAGUGCAGGUUGGUGAACAAUAUCAUUACUACAUGGAGACACAAGCAUGUAGGUGUGUUCCCAGUGAUGAUGGUGGAAUACUUGUUCAGCCAUCCUCACAGUGGAUUGACCAGACUGCUGCAGGUGUCUCCGCUGUCUUGAACAUCCCACAAAAUGCGGUGACUGUUGAAGUCAAACAUCUUGGAGGAGCAUUUGGAGGCAAAAUUUCACGUAACUUUCUUGUUUCUGGAGCAUGUGCGCUAGCAGCACAUAUAAUGAAAAGGGCAGUUCGCAUGCGACUGGACAUGCAAAGCAAUAUGCAUGCUAUUGGCAGACGAAAUGUGUAUGUGGCAAAUUAUGAGGUUGGUUUUACAGAUGAAGGCAAACUGAAUGGCAUUAUAAUUGAUAUCUAUGAUGACAUGGGCUGGAACAACAAUGACUCUGGAGGUUUUGGACUGGAGGGCUGGCUAGACAAUGUUUACUCCUGUGAGAACUGGAGAAUGACUAGUAUAGAUGUUAAGACAAACAAGCCAGCAAUGACAUCAUGCAGAGCGCCAGGUACUGUAAGCCUUAGUUGUGCUCUACUUAGCAUGAAUGUAUGGACAUGAGAGAUUGAGGGGCAGCAAAGCAUUUCUUCUUUUAUUGUACCAGAUGACAUGACCAUGGGAAAUAAUGGGUUACAUUUUCUCUUUAACCAUCAAAAAAAGUAUCUCCCUGACAGUGAUCGAGCUAGCAUGUAUGUGCCUGGUGUGCAGAGCACUCCACUAGUCAAGUGAGCAACUGCCUUGCAGCAGCGUAAAAGGUCAAACACAAUUCUACUACACUAUAGUUUCCUCGAUGGUUACUGUGGGGGUAACUGCUCUUACCACUUAGUUCUGAAAGCAUGUGCGAAAAGGGGGACUCCUUGUCCAAUAUGGAAAGCCUUGGUGCCCCACUUGGCUGUCCCACCUACAUGAUGGCAAAGUACGGAUUGUAUCAGUCUAUCGGAUGCCAUCAGAAAAGCUAAUGUAACUCUUUAUCUCCUAUGUUAAGUUUCGAAGAAAGAGAAUUCACUCUCAAAAUUUCAAGUCUUCAUUCCUAUAUUUUAGGAUAAUAGACUUCAGUAUAGUUGCCAAAUAGUCCAAUUCAAUUCUUGUUUUCUUUAUAAACAAAGUAUUGCGCUUAUAACAAGACUAUCAUUGUUGCAGCA